AACCUGCUGCCUGCCUGCUGCGGUUGCCAUUGAACCAAUUGAGAAGCAGGUGCACGGCUGCAGUCGCAGCGGAAACCGCUGCCCAACAUGGCGACGACUCAUGCCGCCAACGAGCUCAAGCAGCAGGGCGCUAUCGAGGCGUCUCAGAACCCCGAGAGCAACGUGACGGCCGAAGAUGCGGAGCGUAAGAUCGUUGAGGACAGCCGGGAAGCAGGCGUGACGGCAUUCACGUUCGACCCCGAUGCCAGCCCAGAGGAGAAAAGAGCACAGGCGAGAGCUGCGGUCCCCGAAGGAUUCCACCGCAGACCCAAGGGCGUAGCGAUCGUGACCGAUAUCGACGAUGGUACCAAAGCCGAUGUCGACCUACCCUCGCCCUCCAAAGCUGGCGCCAUCGAAGUUGCCAAGGGCGAGGACGGGAAGCCCCUCGCAAACGGUGAGGCCGGCGACGAGGAGGACUGGAGCAAGACGGGUUGGGAGCCCAGGUUCGGGUGGCCCACCGAAUCCACAGAGCAAGGCGACGAUAUGCUGGACCACUCAACAUGGGUCGAGUCACAGUUGUCCGAGCAGUUCUUUGGAGAUUGGUACCACAACGCGGCAGUCAUUGCCUUCGCAUGCCUCGCCUCCUGGUUGGUAGCCAUGCUCGGCGGCGGUCUCGCUUGGGUGUUCAUCGUCAUGGCCAUCUGCUCGACCUACUACCGCACUUCGCUUCGCCGGGUGCGCCGGAACUUCCGCGACGAUGUCACGCGCGAGAUGGCGCUCAAGAAGCUGGACACGGACAACGAGUCUGUCGAGUGGAUCAACUCCUUCUUGGUCAAAUUCUGGCCUAUCUACCAGCCUGUUCUUGCGCAAACCGUCAUCAGCUCGGUUGACCAGGUCCUGAGCGGUGCCACCCCUGCCUUCCUCGACAGCUUGAAGCUCAAGAGCUUUACUCUGGGUUCCAAGCCGCCUCGGAUGGAGCAUGUCAAGACAUACCCCAAGGCCGAAGACGACGUUGUGAUCAUGGACUGGAUGUUCAGCUUCACCCCGAACGACACAGCCGACAUGACUUCUCGCCAGCUCACCAACAAGAUCAACCCCAAAGUCAUUCUAGAAAUCAGAGUCGGCAAGGCCAUGGUCAGUAAGGGCCUUGAUGUCAUUGUUGAGGAUAUGGCCUUUAGCGGCCUGAUGCGCCUGAAGAUUAAGCUGCAGAUUCCCUUCCCUCACGUCGAGAAGGUCGAGAUGUCAUUCUUGGAGCGCCCAACCAUCGACUACGUCUGCAAGCCUCUGGGAGGUGAAACUUUCGGUUUCGACAUCAACUUCAUCCCCGGUCUUGAAAGCUUCAUCAUGGAGCAAAUCCACGGCACACUGGCCCCCAUGAUGUAUGCGCCGAACGUCUUCCCGAUCGAGGUCGCCAAGAUGCUGGCGGGCACGCCCGUCGACCAAGCCAUUGGUGUGGUUGCCAUCACGCUACACGGCGCCCAAGGCCUGAAGAACACGGACAAGUUUUCCGGCACCCCCGACCCGUACGCCGUGAUCUCGCUCAACAAGAGACAGCCGCUUGCGCAGACCAAGGUCGUCAAGGAAAAUGCCAACCCCCGCUGGAACGAGACUCACUACGUCAUCAUCAGCUCCUUCAACGAUUCGCUGGACCUCGACAUCUUCGAUUACAAUGACAUCCGAAAGGACAAGAAGCUUUGUUCCGCAUCCUUCCCGCUGGAAAACGUCGAGGAAGUCUACGAGCAUGAGAACGAGAGACUCGAGCUCAAGCACGACGGCAAGGCGAGAGGUGUGGCACUUUGCGAUAUCCGCUUCUUCCCGGUUUUGGAGUCGAGGAAGCUCGAGGACGGAAGCAUGGAACCAGCUCCCGAGUCCAACCAAGGUAUCCUGCGGUUUACCGUCGAGCAGGCCAAAGAGCUCGAUGGCUCCAAGAGCAUGGUCGGUCUGCUUAGCCCCUACGCUAUGCUCCUCCUGAACGGCAAGGAGGUACACACCAGCAACAAGCUCAAGCGGACCAACAACCCGGUUUGGAACAACGGGUCCAAGGAGAUUCUGAUUACCGACAAGAGGAACGCCAAGCUCGGCGUCGCCAUCAAGGACGACCGCGACAUUGCUGGAGAUCAAACCGUCGGAACCUACCAGAUCAAGCUGGAGGACAUGCUAGACUUCAUGGAGAAGGGACAGGAGUGGUACAACCUUGCCGGGGCCAAGACUGGCCGUGUCAAGAUGAUGGCUCAGUGGCGGCCGGUCGCCAUCUCGGGCAUUGCAACCGGCACCGGAGGUUACAAGACCCCCGUGGGCGUCUUGCGGGUUCACUUCAAGUAUGCUAGGGGGCUCCGUAACGUGGAGGCCCUGGGCAAGUCCGAUCCGUACGCGCGAGUCGUCAGUGCCGGCAUCGAGAGGGGGCGAACUGUCACGUUCAAGAACAACCUCGACCCCGACUGGGACGAGGUUCUCUACAUCCCGCUCCAGACCGCAAGAGGCAGAAUGCAAUUGGAGGUUAUGGAUGCCGAGAGUGUAGGCAAGGACCGCAGCCUCGGUCUCGUCGAGAUCGACAAGGCCGACUACAUGGUUCAGGAUGAGAACGGCGAGUGGCUCGUACACGACGAGAAGGUGGAACACAGCGACGGCCUGCGCAUGCACAACAAGGGCACUCCCAAGGGCGUCCUGACUUACACCGUGGCCUUCUACCCGACUCUUAACAUUGCCGACCCCGAGGAAGAGGAAGAGAAGGAGAAGGAGAUCGCGGCGAAGGAGAAGGAGAUGGCCGAGAGGGAGAAGGAGGAGCAGGAGAAGGACAAGGAGGCUGGAAGCGAUAAGGACAAGUCUUCUUUGACUAGACCUUCCACGGACGCGCGGUCAUCCGCCAGACCAUCCUUGGACGUGAGGUCCAGCGACGGGAAGGAGCCUGGCACGCCGUUGACGCCGACCAGCCCUUCUCGAAAGUCUCGCGACGUCAGAGAACCGCCCAAGAUAUUCCUCACACCCCAGGAGCUGCUCGCCCACGAGUCCGGCGUGGUCAUCUUCCGACUCAUGGAGGCGGAUCUACCCAAGACUCAGACCCGCAUCGAGGUGUUUGUCGACGACAUGGCUUUCCCGUCCUACGUUUCUUCAACGGCAAGGACGCGGCAAAACAAGUUCGACGAGAUGGGCGACUGCUUCAUUCGCGAGCUGGAGUUCUCAAAGUUGACUAUCGUGGUUUCUGAGAAGACAGACAAACAUGAAGACAACCAUAAGGGGGAUCAUAUCCUCGCUCGUUUGUCAGGUAACACGCUCGACACCCUCAAACAGUGCCUGAACAACCCAACCGUGCUCAAGAUGAAGGGCGACGACGGCGAGGCGUACUCGAUCAGAGUGAGCCUCAAGUACGUCCCGGUCAAGAUGCAGCUCGACCCGAGCGAAAGUAUCAACAACAUGGGCAACCUCCGAGUCGAUGUUCUCGACGCCCAAGACCUCCCGGCUGCCGAUUCCAACGGCAAGAGCGAUCCCUACGCCAAGUUCGAGCUCAACGGCCAGGAGAUCUUCAAGACGAAGACACAAAAGAAGACGCUGAAUCCGGCGUGGAACGAGUUCUUCAACGUCCCGAUCCCUUCCAGGACGAGCGCCAAGUUCAAGGCUACCGUGUGGGACUGGGACUUUGCCGACAAGCCCGAUUACCUCGGAGGCGCCGACAUCAACCUCGGGAUGCUCGAGCCUUUCAAGGCGCAAGAGUUCAAGUACAUCUUGGACGGCAAGUCUGGCAUGCUCCGUGUGCGCAUGCUCUUCACGCCCGACUACGUCACCCGCACCAGGCAGGGCACGUCGGCCUUGGCGGGCACGUUCUCUGUGCCAGGCAGGAUCGUAACCGGCGUCGCCGGCGUCCCCCUCAAGGGCGGCGCGGCCGUCGCCGGAGCCGUGGGCCACGGCGUAGGCAAGGGAGCCUCGUUCCUCUUCCGCGGGUUCCGCAGCAAGAAGGACGGCGACGACGACAGCAGCGACUCGGAGAGAGGCUCGGUCGAUGUCCCGGUGAUCACCACCGAGGGCCCGUCGGAAACCAAGGCGAUCGGAAACGGCAGCCCGCUGCACCACACCCGCACCAAGAGCGUCGGCGCGUCGUCGGUCCACAGCGCCAUCAUCCCCGGCGCGGCGUCGGGCACGGCGUCCUUCACCAUCGUCUCGGCCUCGGGCUUCCCGCCGUCGGCCGACAUCUACAUCAUGGUCACGCAGCUGCGCGACGACGGCGGCAAGAACAAGCAGGUCGGCAAGACCAAGCACCGCAAGUCGCCGAGCGGCACGGCGCGCUUCGACGAGACCUUCCGCAUCCAGUGCACCCCCGACGCGCAGUUCAAGGUCGAGGCCAAGGAGCACCACACCUUCGGCAGCGACGACCCGCUCGGCGAGAUGCUGUACUUUGUCGACGAGUCGGGCUCCAACGCCGAGAAGACGCUGCCCGUCGGCAGCGGCACCGUCGUGCUCAAGAGCAACUUCGCGCCCAACCCGGGCUCCUCGUCCGCGGUCGAGGACGGCGCCGCCAACGGCGGCCGCCUCGUGCCCGACAGCCCCAAGUCGGGCAAGUCGGUCGUCGGCGGCGUCCGCCGCAGCUUCCUGAGCAAGCGCGAGCUCAAGGUGCCCGGCACGCCUUCUUAGUGGGAGGGUGGUGGCGGUGGGCCCCGUAGGUUGGGGAGUGUGCGUGGGAGGGGAGGGCGGUGAUGAUGACGUUGCAUUUUUUCCACUUUUUUGUUCUCUUUUUUUUUACUUAUCUAGCUUAAUAUCUCAUGAUAUUGCUGUGUUUAGCGUCGAUACCUUGUUUGGUUGGUGGUGGGAGUGGUCGUGGAGGGUGAAGAAGCUGUGGCAUGUGCGAUUAUUCUGUCUCCUCUCUCGGGCUUGGGUAAGUUUCUUUUCAUCCGGGGUGGGACUGACGGGUUCAUUCAAAACGGGGUA